CGUGGUCCUCCUCCGCAAAUUCACAUAGUACCCGAGGAUUUGCGAUUCAUAAAACGUUUAAUUUCGUGUGCAAAAUCCAUAACAUUUUAUUUGUAUAAUAUUUUGUCAGCAUAUCAGCGUGUAACACCGGGGUUAUCAAUAGCUGCACAGUUUGUUUAUUGGGCGUUUGAAAUUAGACACCGCUGGUGUUUUAGCGUCCUCGUAGGCUGCGGAGGGAUACUCUGUUGGAACCGACAAUGUGGAGGCUGUUAAAAUGUCUACUGGGAAAAUGAAAAUGUUAGAAUUUUAGCAACUGAAAGAACCCUGGAAAUAUCAUAGGAGUUAUGAAUCUUGUGGUAUACAUUCUUUCUAUUUUGUGACGCGGACCGUACAACGAAACCAAGGCAGUGGGAGACGGCUUGAUAUCGUCGUGGCUCAGCAUCUAGCCUACAGUCCGGAGCGCAGGGAGGGAUUCUAUCCCGAACUUUAUGUUUUUCUCUACUUCAAGCGUUCGAUUUCCCGUUGGAUGCAAAAUAAUUGAAUAGAGGCAUUUCAAAGUCGGUUGCUGAGACUGAGAAGGGCCAAGUGAACAGCAGCAGAGAAUGGCCGCAGUGGGAACAGACAAGGAGCUCAGCGACUUGCUGGAUUUCAGCGCGAUGUUCGCGCCACCCGUGUCAAAUGGGAAGAACAGGCCGACCACUCUAGCCAGCAGUCAGUUUAGAGGCUCGGGUAUGGAUGAGAGGAGUGGUUCUGCUCCCUGGGGGCCAGGAGAACAAAACAGCCCUUCUUUCAACCAGGGAACCAGGGGUUAUGGAGAAGCGGGCCAUUACAACGAGCAUGAGGGCCUCGCCUCCACUCCUUUUAUUGGCCCAGGAAAGCCCGAGAGAGGACCGUACCCUCCUUUUGGAACGCAGCCGGGCUUCAUGCCCAGUGAGAUGCCCAUGCCUAGUCCUGAUGCCCUCUCCCCGUCAGGCAUCAAGUCCAACUCCCAGUUCUACCCCUCCUACCAGGGCAACCCCCGCAGGAGGCCGCCCCAGGACAGCAUCGAUACCCAGCCAAAAAAGAUCAGAAAGGUGCCCCCUGGCCUGCCCUCCUCGGUGUACCCGUCGGCUUCAGGAGAGGAUUACAACAGAGACAAUGCUGGUUACCCAGCCUCCAAGCCUGGCAGUGUCUUCACUGGGCCCUUUUACAUGCAAGAAGGCCUACACCCCUCCCCUGACCCGUGGGGGUCCGCGGGGUCGAUGGUGCAGCCCGGUUACUCUGCUAUGAUUGGCAACUCCCCCCACCUGGGGCAGCCAGCCCCCUUCACUGCCAUCAACCCCCAGGACAGACUGAAACGGCAGCCACUGCCCCUCUCUCCCCAGAACUACCCCCUUCAUGGCAGUGAGGUCAAUGGGAGUCUCCCCUCGGGCUUCCUUGCUGGCUCUGCUGGUUACGGAGUCCCCAACCACACCCCCCCCAUCAAUGGCUCUGACACCAUCAUGGCCAAUCGGGUAACAGCUCCAGGAAGUUCAGGAGAUGAGAUUGGCAAAGCUCUGGCAUCGAUUUAUCCGUCUGACCACAACAGCAACACUUUCCCUCCGUCCCCGUCUACUCCAGUAGGCUCUCCCCAGGCCAUAGCAGGCUCUGCUUCUCAGUGGCCCCGGUCUUCUGGACAGGCCACACCCUCACCCAACUUUGAGGGAGGACUGCAGGCACUACAGAACAAGAUGGAGGACCGCCUGGAGGAGGCCAUCCACGUGCUGCAGCGCCACGCUGGGGGCCAGGGGGGCGCUGGCCUCGCUGACAUGCACAGCCUGCUCACCUCCAGCAUGGGAGGACUGGCCCAGGCCUUCAACAACGCUGGCCUGGGCCUGGCCAGCCGCCUGCCCGGACUGGUGGGCGGUCACCACGAGGACUCUCCUGGUCUGCCCUCUAGUGGUGGGAUGCUGCACGGCCACCACGGCCCCUCCUCCGGCCAGCCAGGUGCCCAGCCCGAGGGCUUCACCAGUCUGUCUGGACGCUCGACACACUCGUCUGCUGGCUCCGACAUCAAGCGCGAGGACAAGGAGGACGAUGAGAACUCCUCGGUCGCAGACAAGUCAGAGGACGAGAAGAAAGACUCGAAGGCCCGCACUCGAACAAGAGAGACGUUCUCCUUCCAGACCUUCUCCUCUACUCUGUCAGACACGGGAGCAGACAGUUGCAGUGUCGCCUCGGUGACGGACGAGAACCUGACAGCGGAGGAGAAGGAGCAGAGGGAGCGUGAGCGUCGCGUUGCCAACAACGCUAGGGAGAGGGUGCGCGUGCGCGACAUUAACGAGGCUUUCCGAGAGCUGGGCCGGAUGGUUCAGGUCCACAUGAGGAGCGACAAGGCCCAGACCAAGCUUAUAAUCCUGCAGCAGGCCGUCCAGGUCAUCGUGGGCCUGGAAAAGCAGGUGCGAGAGCGCAACCUGAACCCCAAGGCCGCUUGUCUGAAGAGACGGGAGGAGGAGAAGGUGUCGGGUGUGGACCCCCAGAUGCAGCUGGGAGGGGGGCAUCCUGGCUUAGGAGGAGAUGGACACAACCCUGUGAGCCAUAUGUAAAGCCAGAUCCAGAUGAUUGUAAAGCCCUUAGAAGACGUGGCCUUAAUCUCUUAUCAUGCAUCUCAGUGUGGGUCAAUCCACUGUGCUAUCCAUGCUAGCACACUUGGUGAAGCACAUUAACACGCAAACACACACUCUCUCACACACACACACACACACAAAGCCAGUGUCCACAUUCCUGACCUUGAAUACAAGAGCAUCUCAUACACACACACACACACACACACAGAGUUUUGAAGAAUCCUUACAGUAAAGAUACCCUGAACUCUGCUAAGAGACCGGUCACAGACAGAGGAAAGUUAACAAUGAUUUUCUGCCUAAUGGUCAUGUUUUUGUAAGACAUUUUAAGAAGUUGCUUUACAUGUUGGGAGCAAAUUUGUUUGGAUCAAAUAGUAUUUUUGGAUCAAUAGCUCAUGUGAGCGAAACCUUAGGAUUUUUGUGUCCUUUAAUAGUCAUUUGCCAUUCCCAUCUGAAGAGGAGGUCUUACUUUAAUUAUGAGGGGAUAUCAGAAGACAGACUGUCUGCGUUUAGAUGUGUGCCUGAUAUUCACAGUCCACACAACGCAGACACUUGGAUGAGAUGAUCUCCUAACCACCCUAGUACUUUUUUUCAAAGAUGAAUUGCAGGACUGAAGUGUGAGGUAGAAGCCGACACCGAAGAGGCUGGACAUCAUGGUAAUAGAUGAAUAAGACUCCAUUUGUGUUCCUUUGACUAUAUUGUUGUAUCCCUGUCUGUAAGGGCUCCCUAGAAACAGAUCCGUCAGAGGGAAUAGUGUGUGGUGUGGGUGUUUUGGGUUAGAUCCAUAUGUCCUGGUGUCAUGUCUAUCCGUUCAUGUCACUGCCAUGGGUAUGGAAAGAAAAGACUGCCAUGGAGGAAGAUGCCACCAACACACAUCCAGACCAAGAACCAUGCAAGGCCACCCACUAGACCUGAGGGAUCGAAUAGCUGUGGUCACCUCUAACUUCCUUAGAAUCUUUACAGUGGGGCAUUGGACAAAAGGCCUCUACAUCCUCCGACCCUCCAUCUUCCCCCUCCCUGUCAAUGCUACCCUCUACCUUGAGCUUCAAACUCAGCUGAUGACAUGAGCAUUGUUCCCCAGUGGAGGAAGUUGAGUUAGCAGUGCAAGCGUUUGUCCCAGGUCACACAUAAAUGAAGACUUAAUGUAAGACGGGAUUGAAAGUCUAUUUUUAGUAGACUAAUGUUUAGUUGGUAAAGUAUGGAAGAAAUGCUUGUCGAGACUUGAUAGAUUUUGCGGAAUGGAACCCCGAAGUGUCAUGGACACUCUUAAAUGCAUUCAACUGCCAUUGACUGACAUUGGUUUUGGUUUCCCUGUGUUAUGGGACACAGGGUGUAUUUUUGUUUUUCUGAACAAAUAUUGUUAUGAAACCUGUUUGUAAGAAUCCUCCUUUUUGUAGAAGUGAAUUAUUUUUUUUUUUUUUUUUUUUUUUUUUUUACUCUGUAAGAUAGUCAUGAGUUUUUACUUUUGGAUUGCUUUUUUUGUUUACAUUGUUUAAAUGUAAGACAGCUUUCAGUUUAGAUGCCAGGAACAAAUGUGUGUCUCUUUCUUCUCAAGCAUAUUCAGUCAGUAAUGUUGAGAAAUGAAGUGCCAGGUGAUAACGUUGUAGGAAACACCACAAUUUUCUGGUUGUAAUUUCCCAUUUAUUGUUAAUGAAUUGUGGGCCACUUGGAGAAAGUCUGUUUCAGGAACUUCUGCCAGCCAGUGCUUAAUAUCCACUGUUAAAUGCAAUUUGGUGUAUUCCAGUACUGGCAAAGCUCACCAAACAUAAAUUCAUAAGAUUUAUAUGAAAGAUGUUGGUGAGACACAAUGAAGAUUUUUCUUCAGCUAGUUUAUACAUUUAUUUUCUUCAGUAACCAUAUAGCAUCUCUACAGUUGUUGAAACCUAUAUGUUAAAACAUUUCAUUGUGAAAGCAAAGUAAGAAAUGCAUGAAAAUGAAUCAAAUGGGGUGGCCUUAGUCGUUCUCCUGACUUAGGGAGCAUGUUAGAGUGGUUACUCACUAGUGCCUGAUUACUACACUGUUGAAUUGUGGACUCUGCAUUGUGCGAUCACAGCUUUGUGGCUUUAUCCUUUUGUUGUUAUACAAGGUUCAUGGGAGGAAAAGGUGUGGCAAAGUCUCGGUGCAUCUCAGUGAGCUCUUGUUGGUGCCCAAAGCAAUGAUUUGAUUAGAAUUAUUUUUAUAUUUUAUUUACUGCCACUCAGUUGGAGAUGAGGAUUCCUGUGAGCUGUUUCCGUGUGGCUCAGUGACCCAGUACCAGUUUUCACUGUCAGCUAUCCUCAAAGCAAACCAUUCACGCAUCAUAAACAUAAGGCUUUUUCCAGGAAGGAUGUUUAGUAAUGUAAAUUUGAAAACACUGCACAGUGUCCUAACAGUUUUCUACUGGAAUAAACUUGUAUAGAUAAUCAUUUGAGCAGAAAUUAUGGGUACAAAAUACGAGUUGCUCAUUAGUUUGCCGUCAUCUGAACAGUAUUUUACACUGCAGACGGAUGCUGAUGUAUCAGUAUUUUAUUUCCUUAUUUUGGAUUGGUCACAAUUACCUUUCAUAUUGGUCUCUUUCCUCCAAAUUGUAGUGUUGUUUCAGAUCAAAUUGUACUUGAUUUGUGUCUGAUAAAUGGACUUAGAAACAGUUCCGUUUCUAUGUGUCCAUCGUCGGAAUGUUGUAUACAUUGUCAUUAGAAUUGACCCUUUCAAAACGCACAACUAGUAUUUUGCCAAGGGAUCUUAUACGCCAGCCUUUUUUGCCCCUUCUCAACAGACACACUGCUACAAAACCCACUGUCUCACUUACAUUGGGGACAGAGUCUACUACAUGUCCUCAAAGUGCCUCCAGUUUCCUAUUUUUUAUAUAUAAAGUAGAUAUUGAGAACUGUCGUGUAUAUAACAGUAAUGUAGCAAUAAAUGUGCCAUUUUUAAUAACAGAAAUAUACCUUUUUUCAAUGUCUUUCUUUUAGAGCUUGUAUACCUAAAUGAAAAAAGCAUUGUAAUAAAGGGUUAAAAACAUC